AUGGCGUUCAAUGGCGAUGCCAAUGGAGGGCCGCCUGGUCGCAAGACCCGCCCCCGAGAAGGGCUGCAUCUCAGGCCACUGAAUGUUGAGAAGGGGGCGAAAAGAGACUCAUUUCCUCCUCAGACUGCGACAUGGCGAAACAAUCUGAUUGCACUUUCCCAGCGUCGUAACUUGUUGUUUGUUGCGUACAGCCAUCAGAUCUACGUAUGGGAGCCAUCAGGGUCUUUUCAAAUCCUGGGCUCCAAGCCUGAAAUGAUAAUAACACCCGUCAUGAGAAGCCCUCAUAGCGGAGGUUACAUAAUGCCCCAUGCUCCCCAUGCAAUCAAUAACAUCCUCGUGGACGAUUUAGGUCGUGAUGAAGUCCUGCUUCUUGCCACUGAUUCGGGAAACAUCUGUGGCUACCGUGUUGAGGCUAUCUACUCAGCCUUGGAACGCGCUGCUGGUGGCAAUCAGAAGCGGCCUCUUGAUGGUUCUCAUGUUGACCCCUUUUUCGUUGAAUACGUUGACGCCAGUGCAUGGGGACUGGCUAUACACAAGUUUGCUCGUCUUAUUGCGGUGAGCGCCAACACGGGCCUCAUCACUGUUUUUGCAUUUGCGCUCGUGAACCCUGUCUCUGAAAAACAUAGCGACUCGUUCGAAGAAGAGGAAGAUCUCACCGAUUAUGGACAAACCUGGCUGCAUAUCAAGAAUAACACCCAGUUCAUGCAACUGCAACAUCUUAUGCCAGAGAACCGUCGCACGCGCAAUAUAAAACUAUCAUACACGGGUCAUUUCACCAAUAUCCCUUCUGUUUCAUUUCUCAACUGUGACCUGGAUCCUAACGGGAAAUGGAUGGUCAGCACAGAUAUCGACAACAAACUCAUUAUAUGGAAAAUAUGGGAGAGUCUCGAGAGACCAUUCAACGUUUAUCAUUUCAACGACGUCACAUUCAAACCUUUCCCUGAGACACUCCACAAUGAUAGUGAACGUGGCUGGGCUGUUCUGGCCCUUGAUCCUCGCACUUUUCACACGCUCAAGUCUACCCGAGACGCAUGUGGUGGUCAGCCACAACAUCGACUCAAGGGUGGGCGAACUGUUCUUGACCUGACAAACUUAAAUUCUCGAAUUCCAGAUGCAUCACAAUUGUAUAAUUAUUUCCCCCCUGCGGUAAAGCCUGAGCCCGAACAACCCGUGCUGCCGGAUAUAUUUGAACCCGACUGCUGUAUUAGUGGACCAGGAAAUGCUUCUCAGUCGACGGUACAUUCGACAAGCAAGCACCAGGCCAAAGAUGCUGCAGAGCUUCCUCAUCAGAGCACGCGCAUUGGUACAUCACAAGGCCUUGAUCUACCCUCAGAAAGCGCCAACUUGAGUUCUACUUUCACUGGGAAUGCCCGUUUCCUAGACUCUGCUGACACCUUUAGCCACCGGGCCGUCGACGGUUCUGUACAAGAAGAAAACAUGAGCCAGGACAGUAGGGGUUCAAGUGUUGAUUUGAAUGACGACCUCCAGCAUACUACUGACCAGGACGGUGGAAAUGCUAAUGGACACGGCGGUUUGUCAGUCCAAGAAGGCACGAACCCAAACGCAAAUGGUAUCCCUCAUCAUCCCGGACAGGGCCCUUUGACAACGGCGGAGUUUCUUCAGUUUGCACUUCUGGAAGCCCUAGGUGGCGAUAUCCCUGGAGCCGAAGAAUACUUCAACAACAAUAUUGACGAUUAUUCAGAUCUUGACGAGGAUGAUGGCCCUGAGGAUCAAGAAAUGGACGAUGUAGAUGACGGCCAGCAGAGCAACGGCGAUGCGCCGGAAAUGGGGGCUAUUGCAUACCAAGUCUUUGAUCGUAUGUUACGCAGAGCCUUCCCUGGUGACCCUGCUUCCUAUGAGCAGGCAGACAGGCUAACUGCUCUGUCACCGGCUCCAGCUACUGCCAAUCUCAACUAUCCUAAAUUCCCCAUCCUCCACUUCUCCCAGACCGAUAUCCGUUUGAUCCCUUCUCAGAUUGCGCCACAUGCUAGUGUUGUUUGCGGGGCUCCACUUCGACAGCCAUUUACCCAUCCCAUUGUAUCCGUCCGAGCGUGUGACCGCUUCAAUAUGGUUAAAUACAUCCCAGAACAUGGUAUUGUGAUUGCAGCUUCUCAGAAAGGGCGUGCAGCAGUAAUCGCUCUUACCGAAUCUGAAAGUACUGGCCUUGCAUUUAGAGUCGACUGGAUCGUUCCUUUCGAGAGCCAGGAAAAAUAUGGUGAUCGCCCUCUUAUUCCUCUGUUAGGCAUGAGCGUCAGUCCUGUCCAGGGUUUCGAAAUGCCCCCCGACGUACCCUACAUCCCACGUGGGAUAGACCACGAGAAAGAUUUGACAUUCCAUUAUCAAUAUACAAACCAGGAUGAGGCUGGUACUCCACAGCCUAUACCUGCUGAUCAUACCGGGAUAGGGCAUUCCAUGAAGUCUGAUGAAGAUGGCGAGUCAAAAGGAAAACGUACACGUUCAUCUAAUAGUCGAUCUGGAUCUACACCAGAACUGGGACAAUCACCCCAGCUCACAUUACCUGAAUGUCAUGCCUGGGCCACCCACGUCUAUCAACCGGAUGAGAGCUGGCGUGGAUGGAACCCAUCUCGCCGGUAUCGCCUGAUACUCAUGUACGCAGACCAUACAGUCAUGAGCUACGAGUUUUGGUAUGAUUGGAGCACAGGAGGCACUGAUGUUGGGGAGGAGAAUGAUGAAGUGGAGUAUUUGGUUGUAUAGGGAGGAGGAAAAAAAUCACCUGCAAAUAUGUGUUGGCAUAACGGAAAGCGAGUUUGUCGAUGCCCCAUUUGGAGGCGUCUUGUAUUGUACAUCAUUGACGCAUACCUGUUUCGGAGGUUAAGCUCUUGGAAAUACUAGUAGAAUCCAAGUUCAUUUGGAUUCCUGCACAUACAAAUGAUGCUGGGAUUGCCAUUAUCUCGAGUGAUUGCCACU